CAAGUAUUUAUCAUGAAGGCAGUUAUUAAGUUUUUGGUUCUGCUCGAACUUUUGCAACAACUUGGCGCAGCUAAGUUUCCUCGAACUGAACUAAAACUCGAAAUAGCAGAGCCAUGUGAUAGCCAGAAAUGCUUGCUUCCAAAUUGCCGUUGCUCAGAUGUUAAGCUUGGGGGCUUAAUUAAAAAUAUUCCGCAAUUUGUUACAGUUACUUUUGAUGAUGCUGUGACAGCUCUGAACUAUGAAUAUUUUGAUAAAAUAUUUGAAAAUAUUCGUAAUCCCGAUGGGUGUAGCCCAAGCGCUACUUUUUAUUUUUCUCACGAAUAUACUGACUACACAAAAAUACAUAAACUGUGGGCAGAAGGGCAUGAGUUAGCCUUGCAUUCAAUGACACAUGGUGAUGGAACUACUUAUUGGAAGGAAGCAACAGUUGAUGUGUUUGUAAAAGAAUUCGGCCAACAACUAGAGACGGUUGAACAUUUUGCUAAAAUUGACAAACGAGAUAUCAAAGGGAUGCGAAUACCGCAUUUACAAAUUUCAGGGAAUAAUUCAUUUGUAGCAGCUAAGCACUUAGGUCUUUUAUACGAUAGUUCAUGGCCAACAACUCGAUAUACUUCCCCUCCUUUGUGGCCUUACACGUUGGACUACAAGUCCAUUCAAGAUUGUCCUAUAGGAGAAUGUCCUAGCGCUUCAAUUCAAGGCUUAUGGGAAAACCCUCUUGUAAAUUGGGAAGAUAUUAAAGGCUAUAAAUGCGCUAUGUUGGAUGCUUGCAUUCACAUGCCUAAUGACAGUGUCAAGGACAUCUUAGAUUGGAUGAUUCACAAUUUCAAUCGACAUUAUUCAGGAAAUCGUGCUCCAUUUGGAGUUUACUUACAUUCGGCAUGGUUUCAGAAAGGCGAUAAUUAUUAUGAGGCAUUUAAAGAAUUUAUUCGACAUUUGAACAGACAACCUGAUGUUUAUCUUGUUUCAGCAUCAAGAGUUAUUGAGUACAUGCAAGAUCCAGUAGAUGGAAAACCAUUUAAAAGCUGCCCUAAAAAACGUGAGCGGACUUGCAAUCCCAAGAUGUGCCAGUUGCGAAAAAUUGACAGCGGUGAAGUACGAUACAUGAAUGUUUGUAGCACAUGUCCAGGCGUAUAUCCUUGGUUGGAUAACCCUCAUGGGCUUAAAACAAAAAAAAAUUAAAAACUUAAUUUUUUCUUCAAAGCACAACUUAGUGUUCUAACUUAACAUAUUGAUAGACAUUGUAUAAGAUUUUUGGGAUACAUUCUAUACAAAUAGUUAUGUAUUUUUCCAUACAUUCAAAUAAAACAGAAAACCAA